GGGGGGGCUCCAAUGGCGGCGACGGCGGGGCGCUGGGAAGUGGUGCGGAAGCCGAGCCGGCGGGGCCCGGGAGGCGGCGGCGGUCCCGCAGGGCGGAAAGCGCUAGGCGAGGCCAAUGGGGGCCGUGGUCUGGCCCCGCCCCUGCCUCUGGCGCCUUCAGAAACCCUCUUUGAGCUUGCAUUCGAGAAGACCGCGAAGAAGCAGAACAAAGAGCAGGUGCCCCCACCCCCCGGGCAGCAGCCGCAGCAGAAAAAGCAAAACCUGGGGAAACCCGCCAAGAAACCAUCCGCUGGAGAUGUGGGGCGCAAGCAAAGCCAGUUCCGAUCACUGGAGGAUGCUCUGAAAGCGCUUGACUUGUCAGAACUCCAGCAGGAGCUGGACAAAAGCUUGAGCAUGUUCCCAGAGAAUCCUUCCGUGUGGGUCAAGGACCUGGCUGGAUAUCUGAACUACAAGCUGCAGGCUCCUAGGAGCGACCCCACGCUUAGCCAGCACCCUCACGACUAUCCCUACUGUCUCGUGAACAAGGAGCUGAGGAGCAUAAUCAAGUCCCUGCUGUCGAAAUCCGGGGGCGUUCUGGAGCUUUUCUUUGACCACUGUAUUUACACAAUGUUGCAAGAGCUGGACAAGACGCCUGGAGAGUCGCUGCAUGGAUACAGGAUCUGCAUACAAGCAAUGCUGUUGGACAGACCUAAAGUUGCCACGGUGAACUUAGGCAAGUAUCUUGAGCUCUUGAGAUCCUGUCAAAACCGACCAGCCAGAUGUCUCACCAUCAUGUGGGCCUUGGGGCAAGCUGGAUUUGCUGACCUUACAGAAGGACUGAAAGUGUGGCUCAACAUUAUGCUUCCUGUUCUGGGCAUCAAAUCUCUCUCCCCGUACGCCAUCACCUACUUGGAUCGGCUAUUGAUGAUGCACCCAAACCUGACAAAAGGCUUUUGCAUGAUUGGACCCAAAGACUUCUUCCCUAUUUUGGACUUUGCCUUCGUGCCCAACAACUCUUUACCACCCAGCCUGCAGGAGCAGCUACGGCAGUUGUACCCCCGCCUGAAAGUGCUGGCCUUUGGGGCCAAGCCGGAAACCACCCUACACACGUACUUCCCUUCCUUCCUCUCCAGGACCACUCUCAACUGCCCUGAUGACAUGAAAAAGGAGCUGCUGAACUGCCUGAACGACUGCCUCAACCUGGAUCCUCUCAGCUUCAGCGUCUGGAGACAGUUGUACAUCAAACACCUCUCACAGUCUAGCCUGCUCCUGAAUCACCUUUGUGAGUCCUCGGAUGGCACUUCCAAAAAGAUGCGGAAAUCUUUGCAGGAAACGGUCCAUUCCUUUAAAGUCACAAACGAAGAGCUGGCUCUGAAAGGGCCGAACAGUGUUCAGGAGGUUGCCGCUUGCAGAGACACCUGUAAGAACUUGCUGCUCAAGAUGAAAGGCAGCAGGUUCCCCUGGCUUCGACUGCUGCUAGUUAUCCUGGUAUUUACCACGGGAUUCUUGAUGAAUGACAUCAGAACUCACAGCUCCUUCCAAGAUUCUGCCUCUGCUCGUGUCCUCCGCAAUUCUGGCAUCCUGUCUGUUUCUCAGCAAGCCUGGAACAAAGUUACCCAUUACUCUUUCAAAGGAUACAGCUGGCUAGAAACAAAUGUGCCUCUGUACUAUUCACAAGUGGUGACCGUGCUGGGGCCAAACCUGGAGUUAGUCUGGGCCAAGACGAACGAGACUACCACGUACAUCUCUGGGAAGUGCUCUACUCAGCUAGCCUGGCUUGGGGACAACCUGCCUCGGCUCAUCGAAUGGCUCCAGGCCCACCUUCCCGAUUCCGUGUUGCACCUGGCCGAGCACCUCAAGGAACUGCUGCUCUUCCUCAUGCGGAACUACCUUCUGCCAGCUGUGGACUACGUUGCUGGGACGCUGGAGCAGGGCUGGCAACUCUGGGUGGCUUCUUGCAACGGUGAAGGGUCGUGGGACUGCUUGAGAAGACAGCUGGCGAGCCUCACCCAUUCCUCUUGGAUAUACCUCCAGGACGCAACCGUUGCCAUCAAGGACUGGGCCUUGGCCAUUAUCUCCGGCCACUGAGAUCCAGGAGUUGGGCGGGAGGUUUGGGUUGCUGCUGGUGACUAACAGCAGAGUGUGCCAACUACUUGUUCUUAGUGCUGAUCCUCAGGUUCAGGGACAAUCUCCUGCUGUGAAGCUCUGCUCUGCCUGGGCCAGAG